AACUCUUUCUGGUCAUUUUACCAUCUUUCAAAUGAAACCAUAUAUAAACCUAUUUCCACACUCCACCUCCAUCACCAACCAACCUCUUCUCUUCUUCUUCUGCUUCCCUUCUCUCCCACUUAAUUUGACCACAAGCAACCACCGAAGAACAUGAAUCACAGUGACCAUGUUCAUAUUGCCUAUUACUUUGUCAUCUCCCUCCUCACCACGUCUCUUAUUGUUCUCGGUCUUGUGCUUCUUCUGACCCUCCUCUGCAAUAGGAAACAGAACACUGAUGAUCAAUCUGAAGAAACUGUAAUCCCAGCUAAGAUUUGUGCCAGAGUAUACCCUUUAACCGAUAUUGAUGCCGCCACAGAUGGCUUCAACCGCAGAAGAAUCGUCGGUGAGGGCCGUUUGGGAACUGUGUAUGCUGCAAUAUUCGAAAAGGGGGAGAUAGCGGCCGUGAAGAGAAUUCAUCCGAGGCUUGUGUUGGGAAAUAUUGGUUUUGGGUUUUCAAGAACACUUGGCUCUCUCUCAUUGGCUCAACACCCCAAUGUAGUGCCCAUUGUUGGGUACUCAGAAGCACCAGGUGAGAGAGUCAUUGUCAUGGAGUUUGUAGGUAUGGUUUGCUUGGAUUUUUACUUGCAUCAAAACCCAGAUGGGGCUUCUCUGUUGGAUUGGAACCACAGGCUUAAAAUUGCAGCAGGGGCAGCAAGAGGGCUUCAGUACUUGCAUGAAGGAGUUGCUCCAAAUAUUGUUCAUGGAUGUGUGAAGGCUUCAAAUAUCUUGAUUGAUGUGAAAUUCUGUGCCAGGGUUUGUGAUUAUGGUCUAUCAUUUUUGGCACCAAAAGAGAAGAGGGGUCUAGUUGGUUAUGUGGAUGAUGAGUAUUGGAGAGGAGGUGGUGUGUGCAAAGAGAGCGAUAUGUUUGGUUUUGGGGUGGUUCUGUUGGAACUUCUGAGUGGGAGACGAUGUGAUGAAGGGUUUCUAGUGAAAUGGGCAAUGCCAUUGAUUCAGGAGAUGAAGUUUAGUGAGUUUUUGGACCCAAGACUUGUUAUUCCUCAUGACAUUAGGCCUCUUGUCAGAUUGACCAAAGUUGCCUCGACUUGUGUUAGUAAUUCCAGAAAGAGCAGACCUUCAAUUAGUCAAGUCACAACUAUCCUCAACAAUUUGGAGAUUGAUUCAACGUGAAUACAUUUUUGUAAGUCAUUUUGAUCACUUUUAAAUUUAUUAAUGAGAGCCGCUCUAAAUCGCGAAAACAAACUCUUUCAACAAUUUU